CAUCCCCUCCCGAACUCUCUCCAACACCACUCAUUUUACCAAUUGCACACGGUAAUCAUCAUCAACAUGACUGGACGCGGCAAAGGUGGUAAGGGUCUCGGCAAGGGCGGCGCCAAGCGUCACCGCAAGAUUCUCCGCGACAACAUCCAGGGCAUUACCAAGCCCGCUAUCCGUCGUUUGGCUCGCCGUGGCGGUGUCAAGCGUAUCUCUGCCAUGAUCUACGAAGAGACCCGCGGUGUCCUCAAGUCGUUCCUCGAGAGCAUCAUCCGCGAUGCCGUGACCUACACCGAGCACGCCAAGCGCAAGACUGUCACAUCCCUCGACGUGGUCUACGCCCUCAAGCGCCAGGGCCGCACUCUCUACGGCUUCGGUGGUUAAGUCAGCUGCUAGCCUCAUCUUAAACUUUGGCGGUGGUCUGAGGGUACUUCCUCCCCGCAGCCGCAACCCUCUGCCUAAACACCGGACUCCGAAUCUCCAUGUUGACUUUGUAGAAUGGGCUCAUGAUCGCUUUCACAUAAUUCUCAUACACCUCGGUAAAGAAGUUCUUGAUUGCCUCC